AUGGCGGCGAGCGGCGCGAAGGGGCGCGCGAAGCCCGGUCGCAGGUCCUCCAGAGUGGCGCAGGCGACGCGGGCGCUGAGAGGCGCCUCGCUAGGGGGCCUCGCGCAGCCUUCUCUGGAGGACUGCGGGGGCCGGAAGCGGAUGCGGCGCGAGGUCGCGGGCGAGGGAAGGGCUAAGGGCGGCGCCCGGGCGACGCCGCAGCCCAGCGAGCCGGCGGGCGAGGAGGGGGACGGGGACUUGGAUCCCGAGAGGCUCGACGCCCCCUCGGAGGAAAGCGGAGAAGCAGACGAGGCGCAGGAGGGAGGGGGCGGCGAGAGGGGGACGCGGCGCGGCGCGGCGAGCAGAGAGGCCUCCGCCGGCGAGGCUACAGACACCCCCGAGGAGGAGGGCGCAAUCGAAGAGCCGGAAGGAGACCGGCAAGAAGCGGGGAAGGAUGAGAGAUCUGCAGAGAGUAGACUCGCCUCUGCAGAGUCCAAAACUGCACAGGAGUGGGUCGCGCUGCGGCUCCGCUCCGGCGCCGAGGCGGAGGGCAAGGGCGGCCGGGAGAUGGCGUCGUGGGACGAAGAGGAAGAAGAGACGUACGGCCCCGAAAUCCGAAAGAGAUUCAAGCUGGAGCCUUCGACUCGCGUCCUGCGGAGCCGCGAGGCGGAGCGGCCGCCGACUGCCUUGCGGGGAGAAAAGGACAAACCCGCCAAGCCUCUCGCUGCGCACCGGGCGAAACCGCUGCCGCUGAAGUGGGACAAGCGCUCCACGCGUGCCGCGGGCGCCGUCGAGCACACUCACUCCGCGCCCGCGUCGGGCCUCGAAGACAGUCUGCGCUUUCUCCCGCGGGCGCGGGGCUCCACGCGAGCCGGGCGCCGCCUGCGCUCCUGUCGAGCCUCGCGCGGCGGGGCGGGCGCGGCGAUGGGGGCGGCGUCGGAGGACGAAGAGAGUUGCGAAGAGGUAAGCGUCCGCCGCGCGCAGUCCGCAAGAGCAGGAGGCGGACGGCGAGGUGGAGACGCGCCGUGCGGGGAGGCGCGGGGCUCCGCGGCCUGCGCGUGCGCCCUCGCGAACGCUCCGCCGCGCCUCGGCCGCAAGACUGGCGCUGCGGAGGGCGAGGGGCCCGAUGCGCAGUGUACGUACUCCGGGGCCUGGGUCGAGUACCGGCGAGAGGGAGAGUGCGCAGAAUGGCUGCCGCACGCUUGUUCUUCGUGCAGCUGCUACUGCGUCUGUCACUGGUGCGGCUCGGCGAGCCGCAUCGGGACUCUCCGCGGCCCUGACUGUGUCGGAGACGCGACGGAAGACGAUGGCGGUGCCGCGCACGCGCCCCUCCAGCCCUUCUUUGAGCAGCUCGGCGGCCGCACGCUCCGCUCGGCCGCGCGUGGAGACGGGCGCCGUGGGGGGGGGGCGCAGGUGUGCGGCGGAGAGAGGCGCGUGGGCCUCGAGGCCCGUCUGGGCUCCUCGCUCCGCGCGGCGUCUCCUGCGUCCGCGGCGGGUGUCUCCUUCGCGUCCGCCCUCUUGCCGCCUCCGCGCGGCGGGGUCCCCGGCGCGUGUGAGGCCGCGGACGCGGCCGCCGUGGAGCGCUGGCGCUGGGGUCCGUUCAGCGGCGAGCCGAGCGCGUGGGACGGCGACGGAGAGACUGGAGGUGGAGGAGGCCUCAAAAUCAUCGGCGUCGACGCCGGUGACUUCGGCGCCUCGGGCGUCAUCACCGUCCUCGACGAGACGGAACUCCAGCGGCGCCUUGCGGCCGUGCUCCUGCGGCGGCAGCUCUCCGCGAUUGCGGGCGACGGGUGCGCAGGCGCCACAGCAAGCUUUCAGGCUCGCCGCGGGGUGUGCGACCGCGGGUGGGGAGACGCGCCGGUCAGGCCCCCGCGGGGGGGUGUGCACGAGGCAUCCGCGACUGCGCAGACGGCCACAGAGCGCGGAGGCGUGACCCCACAGCGAAACGACGUGUCGGCUCCCGCAUCCGCUUUCUUUGCUCGUCCUUCAUUUUCCUCUGAUUUCGCGAGCUCGGCCUCCACCGCCGGGUCUUUGUCGUGCGUCUCGGGCGCGCCGUCUGUGGCCCUCUCCUUGGAGGCGUCGCCCGUCGCGUCUUUUUCUUCCUACGCGACACUCCCGCCUGCGGCAAAGGACGACAGACUCCAUCCGCCGCCGCUCCGCCUCGAGACCUCCGCUGCCAACCUCUCGCCGUCGCUUGCCUCGCGCCGCCGCGCCGGCCUUCCGCGCGCCGGCCUUCCGCGCGCCGUCUCCGCUGCGCCGGCGGGCUCUGCCGGCGGCUGCGGGCCUGCGGAGGCGACGCCGGCGCCGGGCCAGGUGGGGCUUCGCGGAGACACCUGCGAGCCCGCGGCACGCGAGAUGGGCGCCCGCGACGCAGGAAGGACAACGCUAGAGGCGUCUGCUCUGAGUCGUCCUCGCGCCGGCGGACACGCCGACAGACUGGAGGCAGGCGAGAAGACUCUCGGCAUCGAACGCGAGCGUGAGAGCCACACCGACGGGCGAACCCGUGCCGCCCGCUCGUCGGGCGUCGAGGCCCGGGGCUCCGCGGCCCUUCCGCACCCGGCGUCUCCCACGCCCCCGACUUCCUCAGACCCCCGCGCUUCGUCUGCCGCCCCUCCGCGCCUCUCGGGGCCUCAGCGCACGCUCUCAGAGUUCCUCCUGCGCGUCGCGUCUCGACGGGCACGACUGGAACGCGUAGGCCGCCUCCUCGCCGCGAUCCCGCUGCCCGCAGUCUCCGUGGAGGCCGUCGAGGCGGCGGAGGGCCUCUUGGCCCGCGAAGAGGAGGCCGAACGUAGGAGCCGGGCGCGAGAAGAACGAGCGCUUGCGUUCCAGCGCGCAGAAAGCGAGCCGCGACGGGGCUGCGGCUCGGUCUCCACUCGGUGCGUCGCGUCGCCCUCGCUGGAUUAUGCCGCGCCCUCGGCCGCGUCGCCCCCGGGCACGCCGUUGCCUGCGGCGCGUAGCGACGACGGCAAACAGGCGAAAGAGGCACUGGGCGCCUCCACUCCGCCCGGCUCGGUGCCUGCAUCGUCUGAGUGCGCCGGAGGCUCCACGGCGGUCGACUCUGAGAGCUAUAUCGAGCGCCUCCCCACAUCGACGUCGCUCGCAUCGCCCUCGUGCCCGUCUCCUCCGCAGAAACCCGGCGCGGGCGCCGAGGCCCGUGCGGCGCUGGCGUCCUCGCCGGCGCCGGCUUCGCUCGCGUCGGCCGCGGCGCCUUUCUCGUCCUCCGGCGCGUGCUCGCCGCUACCGUCGCCUGAGUCUCCGCAGACGGCGGCCUCGCCUGCGGUGUGCGGGCCGCGGCGAGGAGGCGCCGAAGGGAUGAGUAAAGGGGGUGCGGGUCCGACGCCGGGCUCCAGCAGAGGCCGGUGGCGGCAGUCCGUGAGCCGCCUGGAGGACUUCCUCAGGAGCUUCGAGCGCCAGCAGCGCGCGGCAGAACUUGCCAGGUGGAGGGAUGUCGAGGAGUCGUUCGCGUGGCUGCGAUCGGAAUGA